AUGGUUGUGGAGAGUGGAUUGCCAGGUGGUGCCUGUAUGGAUUUUUUGCAAGGGACAGGAAAAUGUUCUCAAGCAAGGAAUAAAACAUCUGCAAAAAAAUUUACGUUCAAGAAGAUGGACAAUAAUAUGGUACACCACCUGCUUCAUCUCUGUCAAAUUGCUGCUUCUAAUAAAGUUGAGGAUUGCUUCAAAACAUGGAUCGUACCAGUGGAUAAUGCUGGCUCUGUUCUAUAUAGUGAUCCUGUAUGUGAGAAAAAUAAGGAAAAUAUCAUCAGUCAAGAACUGAGUUCAAAUGCUGAAACUGAGGGUGAGAGUCAUAGUAGUGGUCUGUUUACUUUGACAGAUAGCAACAAAGCAGAAGUAAAUGACUAUGCAGUAACUAUUUCACCAGAUCAAAGCAAAGGUUCUGUGGAUGAUGUAGCAUUACCAGUGGUACCUGAAUGGAAACAUGACACGGAAACCAAGAUACCUGAUUCCUGUAGCUGGACUGAAUCUCUGUUAUACUAUGUGUUGUACAACUUAGAAGACAUCUUUAAUAUUGGAAAUAUAAUUCAAUGUUCAACUAUGCUCUUGGCUGAACAAGUUAAAGUAAGUCAAAGAAGUCCUAUUGUUAAUUGUCUUUUUGAAGGCCCAAGUGAAAGUGGUAACACUGCAAUGGCAACGACUAUAUCUGAUGAAUCGAUGAUUGGGCUUAGUGAAGGAAGUAAAUGUGCUCAGAUUAUCAAGAUAUCAGAUGAUUUAGAAAGUUCAAAAAUGGAACAUCCAAGCAAAAAUUUUGUUGAGCGGAAUACCAGUUUUAAUGAAACCAUCAAAGAGGAAGAUUCUGCAUCUUCACAUCUAUUAUAUCGCCAAGUUGUAGAAAAGGCUGAAGGAACUUUGGACACAUCAUAUGAGAUAGAUCCACUUUUGACCAAUCAUCGUACCGGUAUGGACACUAUAAGAAAAUGCGUGAAGCAAUUGACACGAGGGUGGGUAGACCUAGAUGAAGUGAAUGCUUUGGUGCAACUCAUGACACGGAAAACUGUAGUAGCUAACAUACCAUAUGGUGGAGCCAAGGGAGGGAUAGGAUGUAAUCCAGGGGAUUUGAGCAUCUCUGAGCUAGAAAGACUUACUCGAGUUUUCACACAAAACUGUUUGGAGUCCACACAGAUGUUCCAGCGCCUAAUAUGGGAACAAAUCCACAGACAAUGGCUUGGAUCUUAG